AUGCAGAAUAAGAAUCCCAGACAAACUCAAUCCUUGACCACAUCCUCCUCUGCAGAAACUAUGGCCCACACACUCCCUCUUCUUCCCUACGGGUACGAUGCACUCGAGCCCUACAUCUCCCAGGAGAUCAUGGUGCUUCACCACACCAAGCACCAUCAGACUUACGUCAACGCGCUGAACGCUGCUGAAGCCUCCUACGCCAAAUCGUCGACCCCUAAGGAGCGCAUUGCCCUGCAGGCCGCUCUCAAGUUCAACGGAGGAGGACACAUCAACCACUCUCUUUUCUGGAAGAACCUCGCUCCCUCUGCGGCCGUCAACAAGGGCACCGGCGGCGUCUUGAAGGACGGACCGCUCAAGACUGCCAUCGUCGAGUCCUUUGGCUCCCUCGAGAACCUGCAGAAGGAGUUCAACGCCACCACCGCUGCGAUUCAGGGGUCUGGAUGGGGCUGGCUCGGAGUGAACCCCAGCACCAAGCGUCUCGAGAUCACUACCACCGCGAACCAGGACCCUCUUCUCAGCCACGUUCCCAUCAUCGGUGUCGAUAUCUGGGAGCACGCUUUCUAUCUCCAAUACAAAAACGUCAAGGCUGAUUACCUCACUGCGAUCUGGAAUGUCAUCAACUUUGAGGAGGCCGAGCUUCGCUAUGCCGAGGCUGUUGGCACCUCCAAGCUCUAA